UCCGAAGAUCGCAGAACCGAAGUUGAACGAAUGAGCGACGAUGAGGACGAGUGGGAGGACGCGUUCCCAAGCCCCGGCGACGACGCUGCCGAAGACGAGUGGGAAGAUGUCGACGUGCCCGAGGCUGCCGAGAUAAAUGGCCGUAGCGACAGCGAAGAGUCGGACAACGCUGAAGGCGAGGCCCCCGUUACCACUGCACCGAUCGAGCUGCAUGUCCAAGACUGGGCUGCCCUCAAUGCGGCCGUCAACGCUGCUGCGAACGACGCGCCGCCGCUGUCAAAGCAGCCAAAAAAGGUGAAAGUCAAGCGCCUCACCAAGGACGAGAAGGCGCAGCUUCUUGUCCAAAAGAAGGCACACCUUGUGUGUCUAGUGGCGCGCGAGGCCCAGAUCAACGCUCUCGCCAACCAGACGAUUCUGCAGUCGCUUCUGCGGUCGCUCUUGCCGCUUGAGGUUGAGGAUAUCCUUGCUCAACAUGCGACGAAAUGCGAAAAGAAGGACCUCGUCUACGUGCUGCAACAUUUGGUCAAGUGGUUUCGUGCAUCCUUCGUGCGACUGCCGUACGUCGCGAAUGCGUCCUGCUGCGUUGAUGCGUCGUCGCUGCUCGCUGUCUUCUACGCGCGCGCGGGUGCUGAACACGAGCUCAUUUGCUUGUUUACUGCGCUUUGCCGUGCUUGCCGCCUCCGCACGCGCUACGUUGUGUCGCUCGACACGCCAAACAUCACACGUCGGGAUGCGUCUUUUGAUGCGUACUUCGGCAUCAAUAGCCUGCGCGAAACCUCAAGCUCGCGGGCAUGGAAUGAAGUUCAAGGUCCGACUCGAGCAUGGGUGCACGUCGAUGUCUCUCGCAAUCUGUUCGACGCGCCACUCGAAGUUGAGAAGCUUCGUGGUCGCGGCGCGCUCCUUCCGCACGUCGUCGCGUUCGACGACCAAGGACACAGGAUUGAUGUCGCGCCAAGCUACGCGUCGCAGUGGAAUCGGACGCUGGCGAUGCGUGUGGACGGAGGUUGGUAUGCGCGGCUCAUUGGCGCGGGAGCGUCCGUGGACAACGCGCUGGACGUCGAGGUAAAAAAGAUGCCCCUGCCGCAGUCGCUCCAAGCGUUCAAGAACCACCCGCAGUACGUCUUGGAAAAGCACCUCGGCGUCUUCCAGUGCCUUCACCCGCGAAAACCCGUCGGCCUCUUCAAGGGCGCGCCUGUCUUUGAACGCGACUCCGUCAACACGCUGCGCACCAAGCACCAGUGGCGGCGUCGUGGCCGCCAAGUGGUCGAGACGGAGACGCCGAUCAAGCGCGUCGCCAAGAAGAAGUCGUCGGGCCCCCAAGUGUUUCCGCCACCACUCGACAACACAAUGAGCCUCUUUGGGGAAUGGCAGACACAGGAGUACGUCGCUCCACCCGUCAUCGACGGUGUCGUACCCAAGAACGAGCACGGCAACAUUGAGCUUUGGAGCGAUCACUGUCUACCGAAGGGCAGUGUGCACCUACAACUGCCUCGCGUGGCCAAGGUUGCCAAGUCCCUGGGCGUUGACUUUGCGCCGGCCGUCGUCGGUUGGGAGGUCAAAGGCGGUCGUAAUGUACCUGUCCUAAACGGUAUUGUUGUUGCCGACGUAGUCGCUGCGAUGGUCGAGGACGCCCACGCGACAAUGCAACACGAGUCGAUCGAGAAGGCCAUCAAGCACAACCAAGCACUUAUCGUCAAGCGCUGGGGCACAUUUGCGCAAAAGCUCCUGCUGCGAAAGCGCCUACGGGACGAGUACGGUUCGGGACAGUAAUGAAGAGGUUUGGUGCUGUCA